AUGGCGAAUGGUCUAGCACUCCGAAAAGCCGCGCGAGAAGGGCAGUUGAGUGGUACAACAACAGGCCAAGCGCCAGGACAUAUCCAGGCAAAUCUUAUCGUUCUACCUGCCGUCGUCGCUCGUGACUUUGAGCUCCUCGCUGCGAGAAACCCUGUACCAUGUCCUGUCCUAGCAAAGACAAAGAUUCCCGGCGAUCCCCAUUCGUUCGCUCCAGCCAACCUAUUUCUGCAUUCCAAAGACCUCAGCACCGUCAUUGACAUCAGGACUGACCAUCCAGCAUACAACGUAUAUGAAAACGGCAAGCUGCUAGCAACCAAAUCCGACAUCAAGGACGAGUGGACCGAUUCAUCGGUUGCCUUCUUGAUAGGGUGCAGCUUCAGCUUUGAGUCGGCGCUGUGCAAGGCUGGCCUGACUCCUCGGAACAUCGAUCUAGGUCGCAACCCUCCAAUGUUCACCACUAGCAGCAGACUUAACCCGGCCGGCAUCUUUACCGGGGCCACGAUGGUUGUGAGCAUGCGCCCUUACCGACCAGAGGACAUCGAGCGAGUCCGGGAGAUUACACGCCCAUAUGUCAAGACUCACGGCGAGCCUGUGGCGUGGGGCUGGAAUGCUCUCGAUGAGCUAGGCAUUCGGGAUGUGAACAAACCCGACUUUGGACCAGUGACUGAGUUUCGUGAUGGCGAAGUGCCAGUCUUCUGGGGCUGCGGCGUAACUCCUCAGGUGGCGGUAAUGGCCGCUGCCGAGAAGAUCCCAGGCAAAGUCAUGUCGCACAAGCCUGGUAGCAUGCUCGUCCUGGAUAUUACCGAAGACCAGCUGUUUGCUGCCGAGAAUACGAGCAUCCAGCCGCUGGGACUGGUGAUCAACGGCCACUGA